GGUUUCUGCUCAUUAUCCCUCCUCUACCACCCGUUUCGCUCUUUCGCAUCAGUCCCUCACUACUGCAGCGAUGGCGGAACCCGUAGCAUCGGAGGCUACAGACGCAGCAUCCCUAUCCCCGACUCCAGCCCUCUCCCCGGUAGCUAGCCCCGGAUCCGAGCCGCCUUCCAUGGCUCUCUCUCCUUCAGCGGGAGGCUCUCAACGACUCCUUUUUACCCACGACCUAGUGUCGGCGCGGCAUCCAUCUAAACCCAGUGUCAGGUCGGUCCGAUUUGGCCUUGUGGUAAUGAUACAUGGCGAGGACGAUUUCGAUUCAGACUCGGACAUAGAUGCGGACGUAGCCGGCGAUGGCGGAGGCAAAGAGGGCGGCGGCGGUGGAGGAAUAGGUGGCGGCAAUUCGGAUACAGAGAACGGGGCUGCGGACUCUCGGACGCGGCCUCUGGGAAGAGGCUUCGUACGGGUGCAGUGGUAUCCAGAUGGAGUGAAGCAAGAUGUGCAUGAAGCCAAGGUUAAACUUGAAGAUCGAUCCCUUGUGCCUAGAGACUUCGUGCGGCGGCUGAAUUCCAAUGAUAAGCAGUGUGGCAUCGUGACCAACAUUAACAUCGAGUGUGCGGUGAAGCUGGUGGGGACCAACUGUGUCCUGUAUCCUGUCAGCAGCAGAGACCUACAGCACAUAUGGUCUUUUAUGUAUGGUGAUUAUAUAGUCUAUGACUUCUGGUUGGGGAAGGUCUUUGAUGUUAGCAACAACAUCAUUCUGAAGCUUUCCAAUGGAGCAAGGUGUUCUAUGAGUGAAGAGGAUGGGUCUAAACUCUAUGACGUUUGCCCACAUGUCAGUGACUCUGGUCUCUUCUUUGACGAGUCAUAUGGCUUCUACCCAGGCCAAGUUUUGAUUGGCCCAUCGAAAGUGUUUGCCAACGUGCAGUGGCUGUACGGCGUGAAGCCGGUGCUCAGCAAGAAGACCAAGUUCAGGGUGGUGGUGGAGGAGGUGCAGGUGGUGCAGCUGAAGGUGACGUGGAUCACCAAGAGCUACUCCCCCAAGGGCUCCGACUGCUCUGUCUUCCCCCCGCCCUCCACAAUCACACAGGAGAACCUCAGCAAAGUGAAGAGGCUUUCCCACUACGACCAUACGCAGUGCCAGCUGGGUGACCGGGCGCUCUACGUCUUCCCCUCCAAAGAGGACGCCACGCACAUCACCUGCGAGGGGCCCGAGGGCGGAGCCGUGCACUUUGACGACCCCAUCUGCAGAAAGCUGAAACGACUAUUCCGGGAGGAGCAGGGCAGGAAGCAGACCGACGGCACAGACGCACACGGACACGGACACCGGCAAGACAAGCCCGAAACAGAAGGAGACUCCAAGGAAGACAGGUUAGAUGAGAACAACUCCACCACGGCAACCAAAUGCCCCAACAACAACGGCCACCUGGAGGAGGACCAGCGCUCCGACGGCCUCACGACGACGGACAACAAGGAUGCCCAGAGCAGAUGCCAGAACUGCCACGCGGAGCUGCAGUCCAAUCCGGCGCCACCGUCACAGAACCAGAACGCGGACUCGGACGCGGAGAUGGAGAUGGAGACGGAGGACACGGACGACACCAGCUCCAUCACGUCCUCGGCCAGCUCCACGGCCUCGCUGCGCAGCGCCGGACACACGCCGUACCCGGGCCGCAAGAAGAGCAUCCCGCUCUCCAUCCGCAACCUCAAGCGGACGCACAAGAAGAAGAGGACCAAGUUCUCCCGCGAGUUCAAGCCAGGAGACAGGGUGGCGGUGGAGGUGGUAUCCACGGUAACCUCGGCUGACGUCAUGUGGAAAGAUGGCCGCCUGGAGAUGGGCGUGCCCUCCAACGACCUGCUGCCCAUCCAGCACGUGGACAACCACGAGUUCUGCCCCGGAGACUACGUCCUGGACAAGCGAACCUCUGCUCCUAAGGACCCAGAGCUCUACGGGGUGAUCCAAUCAGGCGAUCACAGGGCGAGGACGUGCGUCGUCAAGUGGGUCCGACUCAACGAAGCGGGAGAUGAUAUCGAGGUGAUUGGGGAGGAGGAGGACGUGAGUGUGUACGACAUCGCUGACCAUCCAGACUUCCACUACCGCACCACAGACGUCGUCAUCAGAAUAGUCAACCCCGACCCGGAGGACUGCCAAAACGACAGUACAUCUGCUGGUUGCGUAUCGAGAGUGGACGUGAGCAGUAAGGUGGAGGUGGUGUGGGCUGACAACUCCAAAAGCAUCGUGCUGCCACACCACCUGUAUAACGUGGAGUCGGAGGGCGAGGAGACGGACUACACCUCGGUGGAGGGGAGCAGCAGCGGGGCCUCGUCUGAGGAGUGGGAGGACGACAGCGACAGCUGGGAGACCGUGGAGGAGGAGCACAAGGAGGAGCAGCCUCCCACCCCGGCCACCCCCACCACGGCCACCUCCCCCGACGGCCCCAAACUCCUCACGCCAGCUAGCGGAGACGCCCCCGGCGCCCUCGCCGCCUCCACGCCCGACCAGUCCCUCGCCUCCGCCACCAGCCCCUCGGGGGCCGGCGCCACGGAGGACGGCGGUGGGAAGCCCCCCGGGAAGGAGGGCACAGCGCGGGGCUUCCGGGAGCUUAAGGAGGCCCUGAAGAUACUGGAGAGCUUAAAGAACAUGACGGUCGAGCAGCUGUGGACCGGCUCGCCCACGUCGCCCACCGCUGCGGAGCCCUCGCCAGCGGCAGGAGGAGGAGGAGCUGCCAACACCACCACCACCAACCCCACCACCACCCCGUCCUCCACCGUCCCCACCACCCCGGCCAGCGACGCCGGCACCACCACCACUACCACUACGACCACGCCGACGACUACGAAGCCCACGAAGGAGAAGCGCUUUCUGGACGACAUCAAGAAGCUUCAGGAGAACCUGAAGAAGACGCUGGACGUGGUGGCCAUCGUGGAGGAGGAGAGGAAAGAGGGGACGGGGACGACGACGGAGGAGGACAGGUCCAGCUCUACGGCGACCGCAGCAGCGGCGGCGUCGACGACAAACCCCACAGCGGUGGCGGCCAUCCAGCCUCAGGCGGAGCCACAGACGCCGGUCCGCUCCGAGUGGCCCAGCGACACGCCGGUGCUGUGCCAACAGAGUGGCGGCAAGCCUGGAGUCACCUUCACCAGCGCCAAGGGAGAGGUCUUCUCCGUGCUGGACGAAGCACCAGAGAGCCACAGCUUCAAGAUAAUGGAGUUCCAGCCGGCAGAGGCCAAGCGCUUCUUCAGCACGGUGAGGAAGGAGAUGGCUCUGCUGGCCACCUCGCUGCCCGACGGCAUCAUGGUCAAGACCUUCGAGGACCGCAUGGACCUCUUCGCUGCUCUGAUCAAGGGGCCCACGCGCACCCCUUACGAGGACGGCCUGUUCCUGUUCGACAUCCAGCUGCCCAACAUCUACCCCGCCGUGCCGCCGCUCUUCCGAUACCUGUCCCAGUGCAGCGGCCGCCUCAACCCCAAUCUCUAUGACAACGGCAAGGUCUGCGUCAGCCUGCUAGGCACCUGGAUCGGCAGGGGUACAGAGCGAUGGACCAGCAAAUCCAGCCUGUUACAAGUGCUCAUCUCCAUCCAAGGUCUGAUCCUGGUCAACGAGCCGUACUACAACGAGGCCGGCUUCGACAGCGACCGCGGCCUGCAGGAGGGCUACGAGAACAGCCGCUGCUACAACGAGAUGUCGCUCAUCAAGAUGGUGCAGUCCAUGACCACGCUGCUGCAGCACCCCGUCCAGGUCUUCCAGCAGGAGAUCCGGCAGCACUUUGCCGCCUGCGGAUGGCGCCUCGUCCACCGGCUGGAGUUCUGGCUGGAGCUGGACGGCGCCGUGGUGGAGCGCGGCGGUAGCAGUAGCAGUAGCGGAGGAGGGAAGGGCGUUAGCGGUGGAGGAGGAGGAGGAAUCAGGGAGGCGCUGGAGGAGAUCCCCCAGGCGUUGGCUCAGAGCAGCCCCAACAAGCCGGAGGAGUUAAAGGAGGACGAGGAGGAGGUGCUGGACGACUCUGGCCUGAGCCCCUCUACCACCACAGUGGAGGCGCCUGGCGUUGGAGUUGGGGGCUCGUCCGGGAGCAGCUCCACGCUGCAGCAGGACCUUAGCCAGAGCUCGGACUGCGAGGGCGGAAGCGCGAUGAGCAGCGGCGGUGCUGGGGGGGCUGGAGGAGACGCUUCAGAUAGCGGGCUACUAGGGUCGUCGGCGGUAACGACGCAAGGCGGCUGCAAAGGGUCGUCGUCAUCCCAGGAAUCAUCGUCGCAGUCGCAGCCGCAGCUGCAGCAGCAGCAGCCGCCCACGGUGGUCAGACCAAAGAAGCGGAGGAAGAGCUAUCGCAGCUUCCUGCCCGAGCGCAGCGGCUACCCGGACAUUGGCUUCCCGCUCUUCCCGCUCUCCAAGGGCUUCGUGAAGAGCAUGUGCGGCGUGCUGCUCACGUACCGGGCGGCACUCGUCGCCGCCGGCAUCCCCGAACACCCAGAGGAGAAAUAAAUUACAAAAACGAAACAAAAAACCAUGCUGUCUUGUUCAUCGCUCUCCUCUUUUUUUUUUCUCCCCCCCAAUCCAUUACCUCAUUCAAAAUCAUCCUCCCUUCUACUGGGCUCCUAUUUAAUAACAUUGUUCUCUUCUUGUCGCUCUUAUGGCCACCUGCCUGUACUGCAGUGCUGCACUGUGCUCGCCUCGCGCCCCCCCCCCAACCAUGCUCUAUCCCGUCAGCUGCAUUUUGUCCUCUUGGGUGCGUUUCUCGAAAGCGUAGUUGUUAGCCAGUUAGCAACUUUGGUAGUUGUCAAUGGGAAAUUGCACUGCAAACAACAAAGUAGUUAAUGUAGUUAGCAACUAUAGUUUUGAGAAAUGCACCCCUGUCCUA